AUGGCACCAACAAUCCCCAUCCCGACGCAGGGCGGCAUGUUUCACACCUUCCAGGGAGUCACCCCACGGAAAGCGUCAACAGAUUCCCAAGACAGCACCAAGACCAGCAGCACAGCAACCGCCAAGAGGAUAACAACGCCACAUGCUUGCGCCGAGUGCAAGAGGCGCAAGAUUCGGUGCGAUGGCCAGCAGCCAUGUGGCCAGUGUCUGUCGAGCCGUGCUCCCAAGAGAUGCUUCUAUGAUAAGCACAGACAACGGGUGAUCCCCUCACGCAAAACUCUCGAGGCCCUCUCUCAGUCACUCGAAGAGUGCCGGUCCAUCCUUAAGCGCUUGUAUCCAAACCAGGAAGUACAAGCCCUGCUGCCGCUGUCGAGGCAAGAGCUUUUAAACCUCCUGGACCGGCCCGUAAUCGAUACCUCGGUAGGCGGACUACCAUCACCACCCCUGAACACCUCACCUGUCUCCGAGCUGGAGUCGCCCAUGAUGGUCAAGCACGAGAACCUGCUGGAGCAGCUCCCUUCAAGGGACACGGAAUGGGAUGAGGAGCGGAGAGGGAGGGAUCCGAUCCCCGCCGAGGCCGACGACAUCAACGCGCUCUCGCUUUCCGUGGACCGGCAGGCGUCGUAUCUGGGUGCCUCCUCCAUCAAGGCGGCUCUUAUGGUGAUGCUCAAGGUGCAGCCGAGCCUGAGGAAUACUCUCGCGGCACCCCUGAACGGCGUUGAAAUGUCACACAACUACCCAGCCAUCAGGCAGAAGCCCGCGACACAGAAGGAUCCGCAGCGAAUCCCAUGGUCAUGGAAGGGCCAGACGCUGAUCGACGCCUACUUCAAGCGUAUCCAUGUCUUCGUACCCAUGCUCGACGAGAGCACCUUCCGUGCCGAUUAUCUCGAGGGACAGAGGACAGACGCCCCGUGGCUGGCGCUGCUCAAUAUGGUUUUUGCCAUGGGCAGCAUCGCGGCCACCAAGUCGGACGAUUACAACCAUAUCAACUACUACAACCGCGCUAUGGAGCACCUGCCCAUGGACGCCUUUGGGAGCAGCCACAUCGAGACCGUGCAAGCCUUGGCCAUCAUCGGCGGCUACUACUUGCAUUAUAUCAACCGGCCAAACAUGGCCAACGCCGUCCUCGGCGCCGCAAUCCGCAUGGCCAGCGCACUCGGCCUGCACCGCGAGAGCCUCGCCCAAAGCACCAGCGACAUCGCCGCCGCCGAGACGCGGCGCCGCACCUGGUGGGCCCUUUUCUGCCUCGAUACGUGGGCUACCACGACGAUGGGUCGCCCGUCGUUUGGCCGGUGGGGCCCCGCCAUCAACAUCCGGCCGCCCGAGUUCGGCGUCAAUGCGGGACGCGACUCGUCCCAGCACGGUGCCGGCAUCCUCCCCUUGAUCGAGAACAUCAAGUUCUGCAAGAUUGCUACCCAGAUCCAGGAUAUGCUGGCUAUCACGCCGCUGCUGCGCCCCGAAGACCGCUGCAACCUCGACAGCCAGCUUGUCAACUGGUACACGUCACUCCCCUGGCUGCUGCGCACCACGGAUCCAUGCGCCGAGCCGCUCUACAUGGCGCGGUGCAUCAUGAAGUGGCGGUACCAGAACCUGCGGAUGCUGCUACACCGGCCCGUGCUGCUCUCGCUGGCAUCAUCCGGGCUGAACCCGCACACGCAGGCAAGCGACGCGGACCUUGCGGCCAUCGAGACGUGCCGGGACCUGGCGGCGCAGACGGUCGAGGACAUUGCCCGCGAGUGGGCGCGCAACCAGAUGAGCGGCUGGAACGCUGUCUGGUUCCUGUACCAGGCCGCCAUGGUGCCACUCGUCAGCGUCUUUUGGCAGUGGGGUUCACCGCGCGUGCCUGAGUGGCUCAAGCAGAUCGAGGCCGUCCUUGACCUGCUUGAGGUCAUGGAGGAGUGGUCACUCGCCGCCCGCCGCUCGCGUGAGGUCGUCUGGCGCAUGUACGAGGCCGGCCGCACUCAGGUAGAGCAGCAGCGGUCCUCGGCAGGUGCCAGCCCCGGUCUUCAUCACCUGGCAACCACUGGGCCUGCCGACAGCAGCAUCCUCAUGGGUUCCCCGGACUCGGCGGGCUUGCACAUGAGCCCCAUCGGGCUGGAGCCCAUAGACGGCUUGGGCAUGAUGGGCUUGCUCGACCCGAGCGGUCUGUGGGGGGACCUGGACGGCAUGUACUGGGGCGGUCCGUCCGGUGCUGGUGCUGGGCAGCAUGCUACCGCCGGCAGCCCCACGGCGGCAGAGUUCGCCGCCUACGGUGCUGGUGCACAUCAUCCCCACAACCCCCAUCAGGUGCAUGCUGUUGACUACGGCGGCAUCUUGAGCCCUCACCAUCCUGCAGCUGCCGCUGCGGCUAUGGACGGGUUUGGAUACGUCCAAUAA